GCGGGAGACUCAGUGGGCGGGACUUCCGCGGCCAUCCCACCUGCAGGAGAGGCACCUGGAUGAUCUAACAACACAACAGACAAGACCACGGAACAGAAAACACUUUUCAGGACAACAUAAGAUAAAUUAUUCCUCUCUUUUACAUGGAACUUUUUUUGCUCUGCCUUUUCCAUUUUUUUGGAGUAGCAACCGCCGUUUAGUGGAUUUUACUUUUAUUUAUUUUUUUCAUUUUAAAACUACAACGAUGCUCAUGCACAGGGUUUUAAAGAUCGUGUUUCUGGCUUUGAUGUGUCUGCAUGAAUCUGAGGCCAUCCCUACUUCAGGGUGCGAGGCAGACGGGUGCAGCAAAGGCCAGACUCCUGCAUUCCCUUUGUUGUCCUCCUCCGAGGGAAACUCACAGCAGCCCUCUCAGGACUUGUACGAUCAGUUUACCCAGGUGAACUCGCCAAAUAACGCAGACCGUAAACACCGUGAUGCCAGUGCCGUCAUGCCCUUCGUCGGCCUCACCAACAGUGCCGAGCAGAGCCGAAGCUGUUGUAAGAAUGGAGGGACUUGUAUUCUGGGCAGCUUCUGUGCUUGUCCUCCCUUCUUUACCGGUAGGAGCUGUGAGUACAACCAGCGCAUCAGGCGCUGUGGUUUGAUUCCGCAUGGUGAAUGGGUCCGUAAGGGCUGUUCCUACUGCCGCUGUGGUUAUGGUUUCUUGCACUGCUUCCCCCACGUCUUUCAUAACGACUGCGAUGACUCGGAGGACGUGCACUGGUAUCAUUCCUCCGCCGCCAGGACGCUUCAGACCAGCUGUUUCCUGAACAUGACCCUGCUUCUGACGCUUCAUAUUCUUCUAUGAUAUUCUGUGCUGUGCAGAAACGAGACAUUUCCAAAACUGGUUCAACUCUAACAGAAUUGUAAAAAAAAACCUAUUUAUUUUAUUCAAGGGAAAUGCUUGAUCAGCAGAGGAGAAAAAUACCUCCAGGAACUGGCAAGCGCUCAUUGGUUCCUGAUGAGUGAACCAUUUCAAGAGUAGCCAUAAAGCUGAUCGCAACAGACCAGCAACAUCGUAAUUCCUCAUUCCGAUGCGGGAAGAACACUGAGGAGGGUUCUGUACAUAACGUUUUUAUGAAAAUCUUUAAUAUUUUUUGGCUGCAUUUUGUGAAGGAAAGAUUAAUUUUUUUUUGUUAUGAACUUAAUGUGACGUGACGUGACAGGGUAAAACAUGUAUGUAUGUGUAUGCAUCAUCUGUUUAUUAAAGCAACAUGUGUCUA